ACCACCAGCACCACCAGUACCACCAGCACAUGCGCUCCCACUACCACUUCUCGGUGGACUGCGCGGGCGCGCACAAGGGGCUGUUCGUGGGCAUCGUGGUGAUGGUGCUGACCAUCAUCUCGCUCAUCCUCUUCUUCGUGCUGAACAAGGACCCCAAGCACCACAAGACCGCCGUGCUCGAGGUCAACGUCAUCGAGCUCGUCCUCUACGUGCUGUGCACCGUCGCCGUGCUGCUGUGCAUGUUGCGCAUGCGCGCCCUCAAGUACAAGCGGAAGCCCAGUCACGGCCAUGGAGGUAAUGGAUUGAGUCUGGACAACAGCCUGUUGCUUAUUGCACAAACUGGCGUCUACAUCUAUUGCAUGUUCUCCAUUAUUGGCUGUUACUUCUCUGACGAGUCCGAUCUAGGACUAGUGGCUGAACUCUUUUCUUUGGUGCAGACGACGGUUCAAACAGCGCGCCGCAAGCCCGGCCGGCAGAUCGUCACGUUCCUGCUGGUGGCCAACAUGUCCAUGUGGAGCAUCAACACCCUGGAGAAGGGCCACGCCUCCUUCCGGCCGUCGCACCUCGUCUUCUUCGGCGAGUGGGCCUGGACCAUUAUCACGCGCGUUUCCAUGCCCCUCGCCAUCUUCUACCGCUUCCACUCCACCAUCUGCUUGUUCGAGAUCUGGAAGAACGCGUACAAGUUCAAGCCGCAGUACUCGCUAUGA